ACAGCUGCUCCUCCCACUGUGGAGGCUGUUUACAAGGAAAGAGGAGCUCCUCUCUUGGCAAAAACAAGGUCUGGGACUCACAACCGAGGGGAGCAGUGUGUUUGAUGCCCUUCAACACAGGCUCUUUCUCCUUUUUCUUACUUGCCACCGCGACUUCACAAUACAGCCUCGUCAUCUGGGCAGAAUGUUUCCCUCUCUGUACCUGCUUCUACUCGGUGCAGCCUUCAUGGUGGACUGUAGUGUUGGACGAGAAGACUGCAUUAGGUCCAAUGGAGUGGACUACAGGGGGCACCAAUCCAGCUCCUCUUCAGGCUUGACUUGUUUAAUGUGGACCGACACUUCCACUCAAUAUGAUCCACAGACAGGUGUGGGAGAUCACAAUUACUGCCGAAACCCGGACUCUUCCGAGAGGCCUUGGUGCUACAUCACAGGCCCGGAUGGAACCAUCCAGAAGCAGUUUUGCUCCCUCCAGGCAUGCCCAGAGCUGACCUCCGCUCAGGCAGCCGACAUGGAAGCACCCGUUCCAACUGCGUCAGCUGACACUUCUGUCCCACCAACCACGCGCUCCUCUUCUGGAGAUGAAGCCGCCGCCGUGCAGCCGGUGCUGGGAAUCAGCCAGCGAGUGCGUACGGGGCCCAAAAAGAAAAAAGAUAUGGGCCCGCUUGGCUACGCCCUCGGCAUCGUCAUGAUGGCCAUCAUAAUUGUCCUCGGGGCGGGCAUUACCUUUGGAUACUUCUAUAAAAGGGGCCGCGACCUGAAGAAGCAGCACGAGCAGCGAGUGUACGAGCGGGAGAUGCAGAGGAUCACCCUCCCGCUCUCCGCCUUCUCCAACCCCACGUGCGAGCUGGUGGACGAGAACGCCAUCGUGGUCACCGCCGAGCACGAGAUCACCCCGAUGCAGGAGGAAGCGGAGGGCGGGGACCCGCUGAUGGGCCAGCAGGCGGGCACACCCGGGGCGUGAGCGGGCGUGUCCUCCUCCAUCAAUCAGGACUUUUCGAUGAACGACACGUUCCAGCGGACCAAAACGAUCCUCGCCUUUCUCCUGUGCGGGAAGCAGAUCCACCCAAAGACGUCAUUUUUUGUUGUUUGUGUGACAGAUGAGGACGUUUUUGGUGUUUAUAGUUUCAUAGUCAGCUGAUGGCCUGCCCUAUUUAGUAUGCGUAUGGAUCAGUGUUUAUAACAGUGAGAUGAAGCCAAGUGGAAUUAAUUGCCAUGUGUUUUGAUCGACCCGCUGGCUGUGCCGAGGGACGAUCAUGUAUAUAUUUGUGUAUAUAUGUAUUUGUACAUAAAGAGUACUUUGUUUUGGUGCGUAAAAAUAGAUCCUCCUCUGAGGCAGGAUGAGCAGAAAACAAGACUUCCCUAUCCAGAAAUGCCUUACUAAGCACGAAUGUACUUUUUAUUUCGACACAAGAGGCAGGCAGAGCGGUCCUUUAGUGCCACAGGUUAAGGAGCGACAGGAAGUGGGUUUCUCUCAGGAAGCAUGAGAGGUAGUCCUCAGGAUAACGGAACAGGAAGUCCUGCUUUUGUCAGAGCAUGAAGGAUGCUGCUGCUGACGUCGGACUUAGUCCUGCUCCACGUGAAACAUAAAUGCAUGAACCUGCAGCGGGUUUGUGUUUGCAUCCGGCUGACAUGUUUAGUUGGCAUCACUCCAGAUUACUUUUGGAUGUCUUUGAAAUACUGCUGUUCAACUCCUAGAUGUGUGCUGACUUGCUUUUUUACCCCCCCCGGAAAAAAAGAGAAGCAAGUUGCAUUUGAAUUCAGCGCUUGUUCAUGUAAGACUGUGUGGUUUUUCAGUGAGACUGAAAUAAAAAAAUGUGGAAACA